UGGGCGCGGCCGGGCUCCCCGCCAGCCGGGCGGGCGGGCGGAGCCUCCCUCCCGGGCGGGGCGGCCGGGCUGACUUCGCCGCCACUUCCCGCCGCCGCGCCCUUCCCCAGCAGGUCCUCUGCCGAGCUUCCGAACAGCACAGAGCCGGGAUGGCCCCGCCCUGGGUGCCCGCCGUGGGCCUCACGCUGGCGCCCAGCCUGGGCGGCUUCCUGAGCUCCUACCACGCCCGCGGGGAGGGCCUCCGCUGGUACGCCAGCCUGCAGAAGCCCUCGUGGCACCCGCCCCGCUGGGCGCUGGCCCCCAUCUGGGGCUCGCUCUACUCGGCCAUGGGGUACGGCUCCUACCUGGUCUGGAGAGAGCUGGGGGGCUUCACCGAGGAGGCGGUGGUCCCGCUGGGCCUGUACGCGGGGCAGCUGACCCUGAACUGGGCGUGGCCUCCCAUCUUCUUCGGCUCCCGGCAGAUGGGCGUGGCCCUGGUGGACCUCCUGCUGACGGGGGGGCUGGCGGCGGCCACCACCGUGGCCUGGCACCGGGUGAGCCCGCGGGCCGCUCGGCUGCUCUACCCGUACCUGGCCUGGCUGGCCUUCGCCGCUGCACUCAACUACUGCGUCUGGCGGGACAACCCGGGCCGGCGAGGCGGCCGGAGGCUUGGGGAAUGAGGCCUGUCCCCGAGGACUGUGGCUGCCGCCGGAUGGCCUGUGGGAAGGGGGCAGCCCCACACCUGGUGGCCACCACACCUGCGCGUCUGCCGGGGGCUCCGCCCAGGCCAGCACUGGCUUUGAGGGCUCCGGCUGGCCCACACCCAGGGCCGCGUCCUGCACCUUCUCGCUGCUCGGGGCCCGGGCUCGGGCACCGAGUGUCACACCAAAUAAAGUCUCUCACGCA